AUGAACGACACCUUUCUGUUCAUGGUCUGGGAUUUUAGUACCUGCUCAACAGAUUCUCGUGUUGUCGCUUUCGGUUCCUGGUUAGUUGGUCUUGAACUUUGGUUAGCUACGUGCACAGAUGAUGGGGGGCGACGACUUUCAAGCCCCACCGGUCCAAGCAAGUUGCCUAUGGUAAAGCAACCUACCGUGUUCCUUGUCGUUGUCAAAUGCAUUGCGGCCAGUACGGCACUGCACUGUACGGUACGAAUGAGGACAACUUCCAAUGCGAUCCCCAAUGCGGAUGUACAAACAAAAGAUCUUACUUGCGUUCGUGCCGACCAAGAGAAUUAUCCAAUUGGUCAGCCAACAAACUUUCAUGCGAGGCAAAGUGUACUUCGCGGCUGCUUCCACCUGCCUCUCAGAGACGUGCGAAGAAUGCCAACAAGCAAGGCAGAUGGUGCCAACCAGGACGUCGAAUGUCGUCUCGUCGAUCGUGUUGGGCGCGAUACUUCACUACGAGAGUCCUUACGGAGCUACGCUUGGAGAGUUCAUUUAUUAGGCAUUCGUAUAAUAAGUAUCCUCUUGCAGCUCAGUGGUAGCAACAGCGCGGCUACCCACAAGGUCUUUGGUUGCCAUCCAAAGCCAUCCACCUGCUUGGCGCAACAAAGCAUGCUACUAGGCAGUGACUUGUGCUUCAAAAAGACUACCAGUAGCUACCUACCGUGA